GACGAGCCGGCCGCGGGUAUAAACGGCUUCCCGGGACUCCUGAACGUCACUCCCUGAAGCCUCAGCGACUCGUUCACCAGAGCUGAACAUCAGCAGAGAUAGCAGCAAGCAGGCACUUCCUCGCCGCGCAGGCUAACUCGCUUUCGGCUUUGGUUCGAGAUGCAGACCCGUUGGACCAUGAGGGCCUCCAGCGCCCACAACUUUAAGAGUGGACUGUCUCUGUGGCUGAUUCUGUGGCUGGUGGUGGUGAAGCCAGGCGGGGUGACUGCAUGCCCCAGGCUAUGUGUGUGUUACCCUACGCCCAUGACGGUCAGCUGCCAGUCCCAGAACCUCACCAUAGUGCCGGCUGGUGUGCCCUAUGACUCACAACGUGUUUUCCUGCAGAACAACCGCAUCACAGAGCUUCGCGCGGACUCCUUUGGCUUCGAGACACAGGUGCUUUGGCUAUAUGGCAACAACAUCACAUGGAUUGAGGCCGGGGCCUUCAGUAACCUCAGGGUGCUGGAGGAGCUGGAUCUGGGCGAUAACCCCUCGCUGCGACACCUGGAAGGUGGAGCCUUCAGGGGCUUGGAGAAGCUGCAGAGCCUGCACAUGCACCGCUGCAAGCUGGCUACUCUCCCCCAUGACCUCUUCCACAAGCUGUACAGCCUGCAGUUUCUCUACCUGCAGGAGAAUCAGCUCCACUUUCUGCAGGAUGACCUGUUCUCCGAUCUGGUCAACCUCACCCAUCUCUUCCUGCAUGGAAACCGUAUCCGCGCCCUCUCCGAGAAUGUGUUCAGAGGCCUGGUCAACCUAGAUCGCCUUCUUCUCCAUGACAACCGCAUCAGGCAGGUCAACCGUCGGGCUUUCCGUGACCUGGGUCGCCUGACCAUUCUUUACCUGUUCAACAACUCCCUGGCUGAGCUGCCAGGCCAGGCCAUGAAAGACACCCAGGGCAUCCAGUUCCUCCGCCUCAACGGUAACCCCUGGUCCUGCGGCUGUGAGGCCCGUCCCCUCUGGGAGUGGUUCCGCAAGGCCCGCAUCUCCUCUUCUGAGCUCAUGUGCACCUCACCAUCCCAACGUCGCGGCCAAGACCUCCGAUUCCUCCGUGAGCUGGACUUCGCCCUCUGCCCUCUGCCUGACCCCGGCUCCCUGGCUGGAAGCACCACGACCACCUUCAGCACCAAGACCCGCUGGUGGUUCUCCAAGCACAAGCCCGCCUCCUCAUCCAAGGCCUCGUACCAGAAGAGCACAGAGACGGUGAAGGCCUUCCCUUUCUCCGCGGUCAAGCCUCAGUACCUCCCCAAAACCCCCUCUGAAUCCUUUUCCUCCAAGUACGAACUGUCGGAGGAUGAGGUGGCUCUUCCUAAGCUCGAUCAGGAAGAAUACUGGGCCAACUACGGCAAUGAAGAUGCCUCCAUCCGCUGCAUCGAUCUGGAGUGCCCCCCAGGCUACGACAAUCCAGCCUUCCCAUCCUCAUCCUCCUCCUUACCCACCAGUGCCUCCCUCCUCCUCCACCUCCUCUCCCUCUCUGUAGUCACAUUCUCCCUACAUUUCCUGUUUGGUUGAACUCUUCUCUCCUCCACACUCCCUUUUCUCCUCUGAUUUCCCCUCCCCUGCUCUUUCCAACUCUAACAAAAACCUGCAUCUUGAUUCCUUUCAGUUACCUCCUUAAGGUGCAGGGGGCGCUACACUGACGCAGGAGACAGGCAAGGCAGCAGGCAGCUGUUUUAAAGAGCGAAGAUCAGCGGAGUUGAUGUAGAGCAGAACAUGAUAUCAUUGUUGAAGUAGCUGCUGCUCACUAGUACAGGCUUUUAUAAAAGCAGGGAUCAGACAGACCCUGUUAGUGACAGUACAAAGGCAGAAACCUACUACAACAUUAUGACAUGAUAGAGACACAUCUCACAGUAAGCUGGUGGGGUCUUCAUGUUUUUUAAUAUCACAGCUGUUGUGCGGCAGCAAACAACGCAGGCGUUGUGACUCGUUCUCUACGGCUAUUUUCUAUAUCAGCUAGUGCUCCACUGCUAACAUUUUCCCUCAUUUAUUUCUUUCAUCAUGAAUAAAAGUGGUGAUUAAUGAUGUUAUUUGACAGUGUAAUAAAGAGGUGGAUUAGCACAAAGGACUAGAAACUUGGAAGAAAAGGAAAAAAUAGAGAAUUAUUGGGAGAAGUAAAAAGAAAAUCAAUACAGUGAGAGUAGUGUGAGCUUAAGAUAUUCAUCUGGACACAGAGAGGGAUGGAAAGAUUAUUAGAUCUGCAGCCAAGAGUGACUCUCCUUCAGAUUCAAACUCCUGUGUGAUCCCCAAGAGAUGCCAGCAAACCACCACCACCACCCACACUUGUAUAUACAACACACAUCGCUGUACUUAAACUCAUUUCUCUGUAUUUUAGUCUAGCUGGAUUUCUACUUUUCAUUUUUAUCACUAUUUAUUAAGCUACAGCUUAUGGUGAUAGAAGAGAUACUUGGAUUGGACAUGAAAAGCAGAGAAAUGAAAUGUGGAAACUCGUUUUCACCCCUCGUGUUUUUCAGUCUUGUCUCUUCCUCUCAGACAACUUGAAAACCUGUUCUUGAUUUUCUAGUCAGAUUGGAAACUAAGAAAAACUAAUGAGAUUAAAUAUAUCAGAGAUCACUUUCAGCUUAAACAGAGAAACGGUGUGAUUGGAAUUGGACUGUUGUAGACUAAAAAAACAAAGUCUCAAGGAGACCAGUUUGAUUAAAUCUCUCAUUAGACUGAGUGCCUGUGUGUAAGUGCCUGUUUAACCCUUAACAAUAUGUCCUCUCUCUGUCCGUCGAUCUGUCUGUCUGGUUGUGAUCAACCAAACUGACGCAGAAAUUGCUAUAAAACAACUCCUACGCAGCCCUUUGUGUUGUUUAAAGCCUCAGGUCUCAGUUUUAACAGCUCAUGUUACAUUAUAUACUUUAACCUGCUGUUGGUCUGCAUUACUGUAUGUAUUGUGUGUGUAUUUCACUUUUAUUUGGAUUGAAAGUUUUAAAAAAUCCCUUAUGCAUCCAUAAAUUCACCCAGAACAGUGUGUGGAUGUAAAUAGGUGAACUGCUUUUCUACUAUUUUCUGAAAAAAAAGGAAAAUCCAAGGGUUUUGUUUGUGAUAUAUCUGUAUUUUAUGGUCCUAUACAUAUCAUAAAAAGACCAUGAUCAUGUACUUUAUUAGUGUACGUUUCUUACUUCAGUGUGUGUUUUUCAGUAGAAGGGAUGGGUAUUUACUCAGCAAUCUGUUCAACACAAUGCCAAUCCAACCUGAUUGUGAUCAGCAUUAUUUAUUGAGGCCAUACGUCCCAAUGUCAAUCCCACAUGUUAAAUCCAACCAAUCAACCAUGACUGUGAGUUUCUGCAUAGGACGAGAUACUGUGACACUAUUAGAUGCUGUAUUUUUCAAUGGA